GCACUAUUAGUGGUCGGCGUCAGUUUACGUAGCAACGGUCCGGAAGAUGUCACUGAAGGCAGUCCUAAAAAACUUCCGCCUUAAGUUGUAAAGAAAACAUAGCAGCUGAAAGGCAGUCGACGGCGUAAGCAACCCGUUUAAGGAGUCAGAAUCAAGGCUGUCGUCACUCUGGAGAUUGUGUGGGUUUUGGAGUGUGUGUGAGUGUGAGUGGGGGAGUGUAUGUGUGAGUGUAUGUGAGCUGCAGUUUCCUCCUUACAGUUUCACCCAGAGCUGCUCCUCCCUGGAGGAUGACAAUGGAGGAGAUGAAGAAUGAAGCGGAGACAAACUCCAUGGUAUCUAUGACGCUGUACGCUGUGAUGUACCCAGUUUUUAAUGAGCUGGAGAGGAUCAACCUGUCAGCAGCUCAGACGCUCAGAGCAGCUUUCAUAAAGGCGGAGCGAGAGAACCCUGGUUUAACUCAGGACAUCAUAAUGAAGAUCUUGGAGAAAAAGAAUGUGCAAAUUAACUUCACCGAGUCGCUACUGCGCAUGGCGGCAGAUGACGUGGAAGAUUUCAUGAUACACCGACAGGAGCAGGAGUUCCUGGAUCUAAAUGAGAAGGCCAGAGCCCUGAAACACAUCCUCAGCAAAAUCCCUGACGAGAUCAAUGACAGAGUACGCUUCCUACAGACUAUCAAAGACAUAGCCAGCGCCAUAAAAGAGCUCUUGGACACGGUCAACAACGUCAUUAAGAAGUAUCAGUACCAGAAUCGUAGAGCUCUGGAACAUCAGAAAAAGGAGUUUGUGAAAUACUCCAAAAGUUUCAGCGACACCCUUAAAACAUACUUCAAAGAUGGAAAGGCGAUAAAUGUCUUCAUCAGUGCAAACCAGCUCAUCCACCAAACCAACCUCAUACUGCAGACCUUCAAGACCGUGGCCUAGCCCCGGAGACCCCGCAGAGUCCUCCCACGGAGUCCACGCUCCUGACUGUAGCCACUGCUAGAACAGUGGGCGCCUGAAGAUCACAUGACCCAUUAUUUGUAAAUUAGAAAGAGUUGAUUUUUUUUUUUUUUUUUUUAAGGGUUGGGGGUCGAUUCCGUUGGAGUUUUCGAGAUUCUAGAUUCCAGUUCAAGAGACUGAAAAGUGCCAUUUGUUUUUGUAAAAUGAGGAUUUUUCCAGUCUUGAAGUGGAACAGAAUGGGCCCAAAGUCUUUGAUCGAUUGAUUUUUAUUUGGACAGUUUUUAAUUUAUAACCCUGGUCUUUGGUUGGGAGUAGGUAAGGCGAGGUGUUGAUUAAUAAAACUAAUUGCCAUUUUUUCUAAUAUAUUCAUGUUGAUCAUUUUACUUUUAGCUUUUUCAAAUCGUUGCUACACACGUGCGCAAGACAUUACCCUCUAGGAGUGUGUCUCUCUACCGUCUACACUGGUUUUCUCUUCUCGCCUCCUGUUUGUUUGUUUUGCGCAGGAUUGACAGAAGAAGAAAAAAAAACAAACGCCUGAGCGCAGGUGAAGUAGCUGCAGGGAAAGGAGAGGAAACCGUGCUGGACAUGAAAGCAAACAAAAGAUUUUAUUUCUCUUCACUAUCUGACGACAGAAAGCCAAAUGACUUCCAGCACAGUGUGCGCCUUACCAAGUCCUGUAACAUUCCCUCCUCUCAGAGUGUAACGAAGUGGAGCCAGUCCCUGCUGUCGAGGAGAUGUAGAGAGAAAAACAUGAAAGUUCUGUAUUUAACUGAUAUCUGGUUGCAAAUGUUCAAUAAAUAGUUUCCAAAUGAUGUUGCUUUUUAAA